CUACAGAGUACUUCAGAGUACUACAGAGUACUACAGAGUACUUCAGAGUACUUCAGAGUAAACGUGCUUCACGAGAGUCACGUGACCGCAGGGCGUGAGAAAAGACGUGGUUCUUCCUGUUUUCAGCAGGUGAGACACACCUGAGAGCGACACAGCAGGGACUAAACCAGGACUAAACCAGGACAAAACCAGGACAAAACCAGGACUAAACCAGGAUCAAAGCCGGAAUAAACCAGAGACUAAAGCAGGGAUAAAUCUGGACGAAACGCGGACUAGACGCGGACUAAACCAGGUCUAAAUGAGAACCUUCUACAGCUGAAACCAGAAUCAUUCUCCGAUCAAACUACGUCCAGACCAGGACUAAACCAGGACUAAACCAAGACUAAACCAGGACUGUACCUGAACUAACCCUAGACUGUACCUGGUCUAAUCCCGGACUAAACCUAGACUGUACCCGGUCUAAACCCGGUCUAAACCCGGUCUACCCGCGGCCCCCGGUGAGUCCGAUGCUGCUGUUGGUCCUGCGCGUGUUGCCGCUCGUGGUCGCGGUGCGGCGCGGCGGCGCGGCAGACGCGGCCUGUGCGGACGGAUACCGCGCGGACUUCGUGCUGGACGCGGAGGAGGCGGUGAAACAGGGCGCGGUGCUGCUGAACACAGCGCAUGCGCAGAACCCGGAGGAGUGCGAGCGCGCGUGCUGCGAAGACCCGCUGUGUAACCUCGCGCUCGUGGAGCCCAACGGCGCAUGCGCACUGUUCGACUGCGUCUACAGAAACCGCUUCGUCUGCAACAGGUUCCAGAGCCGGGACGGGUACCUGACGUACGUGACGGCGCCGUUGUACCGGGACUACCUGAAGGCCCCGCCCAGAAAAGGUGAGCAGCGGCGGCCGAUCGCGGUGGGGGGGCGGGACUUGGUGGUCCAGCCCGGCGAGACCGUGGUCCUGAACGGAACCGAGAGCCACGCCAUCGGAGCAGAGAUCACGGACUACAGCUGGACCCUGCUGAGGGGCAACGGCACGGUCAUCAUGCAGACGACAGAGUACCCAGAUCAGGUCCGGGUCUCUGGUCUUGGGUCCGGGUCUUACUGGUUCCAGCUCACAGUGACGGACUCUCACGGACUCACAGCCACGGACGAGAUCCUGGUCCAAGUCCUGACGCCGGAGCAGAGCAGCCUGUUCUGUCUGGCGGCGGUGAAGGUCGGUCCGUGUCGCGCGUCCUUCGUUCGUUGGCGUUACGACGCCGCCUCCACUUCCUGCUCCAGCUUCAUCUACGGCGGCUGCAAAGGAAACUACAACAACUUCCUGUCGAGAGACGCGUGUGAAACGGCCUGUCGAGGGGUCACAGUGGCUCUGGCGAGAAAUGCGCCCCCUCCUGUCAACGCUUUGGUCUUUGCAGUGUUCUGUCUGGCGGCGGUGAAGGUCGGUCCGUGUCGCGCGUCCUUCGUUCGUUGGCGUUACGACGCCGCCUCCACUUCCUGCUCCAGCUUCAUCUACGGCGGCUGCAAAGGAAACUACAACAACUUCCUGUCGAGAGACGCGUGUGAAACGGCCUGUCGAGGGGUCACAGUGGCUCUGGCGAGAAAUGCGCCCCCUCCUGUCAACGAGGUGUGUGGGUCCGUGUGUGCUCCGGGGCAGCUGUUGUGUGACUCGUCCUGCUGCGUUCACAAGAGUCUGGAGUGUGACGGGGUCACACAGUGUGCGGACGGAGCCGACGAGAGCGGCUGCAAAAAAUUGAAUGAGACGUUUAACCGACUGGUGAAGAUCGAAGUGGACGACAAAAAGGCUCGCUGCACCCUGCCGCCGCACACUGGCCCCUGCAGAGCCAGUUUCACUCGCUGGUUCUACGACCCGCUGGACCAGAAGUGUCAGAGCUUCACGUUCGGCGGCUGCGACGCCAACGAAAACAACCACGAGCAAAAAGACGAGUGCGAGAACUCGUGUAAAGGAGUCACAGAGGAGGACGUGUACGCUCCGGCGAUGUUCAAGCGCUUCGGGGAGGAGGAGGAGGAGUAUCAGUCAGGUUCCAUCGCUCUGGCCGUGAUCCUGACCGUGGCUCUGCUCGCGCUGCUCACCAUGGGAGCCUACUGCUUCCUCAAGAGGAGGAAAGACCACAUCCCCGUGCCCAACGUGGACUAAACCGGGACUAAACCAGGACCAAACCAGGUCUAAACCAGGUCUAAGCCAGGUCUAAACC